CAAUGAAAAUUUGAAUUGGUGGCAUGGCCUCUUUUAGCACAAUGUGCGGAGUUUCGUGCAGUAGCGCUUAAAAUUUGUCUUGACUGAAUUUACUCUUUUAAACUAAAAAUGAACAGUAAAACAACUGUUUUGUGUUUGAAUGCAAUGGCAGCAGUGGCUCGGUCUAACAGCAGCUUAGGAUACAUUUUUAGACGCUGCUAUCGAUCAGAAAAAGGUGUUUAUGGAUAUAAGCCUGGCACUUUAAACAAGUUGGAGAAAGUAGAAGCUAUUUCUGCAACUCAGCAAGUGGAUCAUGGUCUUAUUCGGUUGGUAACAGCAUAUCGUGAGCAUGGGCACAAGCUAGCAAAGAUCAAUCCCUUAUGCUCUGGUGAAGAGGUGAGGGAUGUAGUUCCUGAAAUCCAGUCUAUAACCGAAGUGCUUCAUGGACCUUUUAACACUAAUGGGCUCUUGGAGUUUGGAAAGGAUGAAGCUUUCUUGGAGGAAGUCCUGGAGUACCUUAACCGUACAUACUGUGGGCACAUUUCAAUAGAAACUGGUAUUCUUCAGUCACAGGCAGAAAAGGGUUGGUUUGCACGGAGAUUUGAGCAACUUAAGCAAGAAACAUUUACCACAGAAGAGAGAAAACAGUUGGCUAAACUGAUGCUGGAAUCUCAGGAGUUUGAUCAUUUCUUGGCUGCAAAGUUUUCAACAGUAAAGCGAUAUGGUUGUGAGGGAGCAGAGAGCAUUAUGGGAUUUUUCCAUGAAUUAUUGCAGAUGCUUGUGUUCAGCGGAGCUUCAGAUGUAAUAAUUGGAAUACCUCACCGCGGACGACUUAACCUCCUUACAGGUCUCCUUCAUUUUCCACCUGAGUUGAUGUUCCGUAAGAUGACUGGCUUAAGUGAGUUUCCUGAAAACUCUCCUGCAAUUGGAGAUGUCCUAUCCCAUUUGACUGCAUCAGUUGAUCUUGACUUUGGAGCUAGUCACACGCUACAUGUUACUAUGUUACCUAACCCUUCCCAUUUGGAGGCUAUUAACCCAGUUACUGUUGGCAAAACCAGAGGAAGGCAGCAGUCUCGGAAAGAUGGGGACUAUUCACCACAUAGCUCUGCCAAGCCAGGAGAUAAAGUUGUGUGUUUACAGGUCCAUGGGGAUGCUUCUUUCUCAGGCCAAGGAAUUGUUUCAGAGACCUUUACCCUAGCUAACCUGCCACAUUACAGAGUUGGUGGAAGUAUUCAUCUGAUUGUAAACAACCAGCUGGGUUAUACUACUCCUGCUGAACGAGGGCGAUCAUCGCUAUACUGCAGCGAUAUUGGAAAAAUUAUCAACUGUGCCAUUAUCCAUGUCAAUGGAGAUGAACCUGAGGAUGUCUUACGAGCUGCUCGACUAGCUGUUGAGUAUCAGCGAGAAUUCCGCAAGGAUGUCAUUGUUGAUCUGCUAUGCUACAGACAGUGGGGCCACAAUGAAAUGGACGAGCCAUCGUUUACAAAUCCUGGAAUGUACAAAAUCAUUAGGUCACGGAAAAGUAUUCCCGACACAUACAGUGAACGAUUAAUAGCAGAGAGCCUCAUGGCAGAACAAGAGAUUUCUGAGAUAAAGACAGCAUAUUACUCUAAAUUAAAUCAGCACUUUGCAGACUCUCCAUUCUAUAUUCCUCCUCCAACGAAUUUACAGGUCCAUUGGAGUGAGAUGGCAGAGCCUUCAAGCAGGAUCACUUCCUGGAAUACUGGGCUGCCUAUUGAUUUGUUAAAGUUCAUUGGUGCAAAAUCGGUGGACACUCCUAAAGAGUUUAAUUUACAUAACCAUCUGCUUAAGACCCAUGUGCAGGCCAGACUCCAAAAGCUAGAAGAUGGCACAAAAUUAGACUGGUCUACAGCUGAAGCUCUUGCAUUUGGUUCACUGCUUUGUCAAGGAUUUAAUGUUCGAAUGAGUGGGCAGGAUGUUGGACGGGGAACUUUUAGUCAACGCCAUGCCAUGUUGGUGUGCCAAGAAACUAAUGACAUUUAUAUUCCUCUCAACCACAUUGUGCCUGAACAGAAGGGCUUUCUUGAGGUAUGCAAUAGCCCUCUCUCUGAAGAAGCUGUCCUUGGUUUUGAGUAUGGCAUGAGCAUUGAAAGUCCUAAUCUUCUGCCAAUUUGGGAAGCUCAGUUUGGUGACUUCUUUAAUGGAGCCCAGAUCAUAUUCGACACUUUCAUUUCUGCAGGUGAAGCUAAGUGGCUGUUGCAAAGUGGCAUAGUGAUACUUCUUCCUCAUGGCUAUGAUGGUGCUGGUCCUGAGCACUCAUCCUGUCGACUGGAGCGAUUUUUGCAGAUGUGUGACAGUAAAGAGGAGGGUGUUGACUGUGAUACAGUGAAUUUAUCUAUUGUUCAUCCAACCACUCCUGCACAAUAUUUUCACCUAUUGCGUCGACAGAUGGUUCGAAACUUCCGCAAACCACUGAUUGUAGCUUCCCCAAAAUUGUUGCUUCGAUUCCCAGCGGCUUCUUCAAGUUUACAAGAAAUGGGACCUGGAACGUCCUUCAGUCCUGUCAUUGGUGAUAAAACUGUGAAUCCAAAUGAUGUGAGCAGAUUGGUGAUUUGCUCUGGCAAGCAUUAUUAUGCAUUGGUUAAGCAGAGGGAGUCCGUAGAGAAUGGUCAAAACACUGCUAUCAUCAGAGUUGAAGAACUUUGCCCUUUCCCUCUGGCAGACUUACAGCAGGAGAUGAACAGAUACAAAAAUGCCAAAGAUUUUGUGUGGAGCCAGGAAGAACCACAGAACAUGGGGCCUUGGUUUUUUGUUGCACCCCGGUUUGAGAAGCAACUUGGUUGCAAGCUCAGGCUUGUGAGCCGCCCUCCUCUUCCUGCACCAGCAGUUGGUAUUGGAAUGUUACACCAGCAACAGCAACAAGACAUUCUUAACAGAACAUUCAGUUAAUCAAGAAAACCAUCAGUUGAACAGCCACUGAUCAAAAAAGCCUUUUGCUUGUUUUUAUUGUUUAUCUGAUUGGGUUCAGUAUGAAAUCCUGAUUCUCAUUCAGAUAAUGAGACAGCUGAGUGGGUAGCAAAUGCAGUAUUUCCAUUUUUAGAAGAUAACAUUCUGGCCAUUUGUUGAGAAAAAUGGACUUUAUGUAGCAACUUCUUGUUUUAAGUAUUUAACAGUUAAUUUCAGUAAUAUGUCUUUUUUUUAACAAACAACGUGAUUUUUAUAACUUGCAGUAUUUUAGAACCCAGCUAUCCAUUUCUAGCAAAUAUUAUUCAUUUUUAGGUUUACAAAAAGAAGUAUAGAAAGUAAUUAAUGUAUGGGAGUGAACAAAGUACUUUUAUAAUUCAGCUGAAAUAAUUGUUCUUUUUUCUCUUAAUUUUCAUUACAAUGAUGGUGUUCCCUCUUAAUUUUAUGUAUUAUCUCAUCAUCUUUUCACUGUCCAGCCCUGUUAUAUAGCAAACUUGUCUAGCACUUAUUCACUGUGCAUGUAGUCACUUGUAGAAUCUACCCUGCCCACUCCAUUAAGGCCUUUAUAGCUUCUGUCUGGUCUUCCAUAUUCAGGAUUUGGAGGUGACAAGAUCUAUUUUAAUAAUGGAGUUCCCAGCACUUCUUUUGGUUUAAGGUUUGUUUCAGUGUUUUCUCCCAAAGAUUUCUGUGAUGUAAAAUUAGGCAUACGUGAUGAUCAGUUAAAUUUCUUUAACUGUGAUGUCAGCCUCAGUAGAGGUCAUGCAUCAGACUUUCUUACUUUGGGGUGUAGGCCCUUUGGUAAUGUUUUCAUUUGUAUUACAUGCAGACAUCCUUAGUUUAACAGAGCAUCACUCAAACUGUUGAAGCAUACCACAUUAUAGACAGUAAGAGGUAGUGGAGUGCUUAAAAGAAAACCCCAGUGCCUUAUACCAUAUGUGUCCCUUUCCUCAGACAUGCAUCUUUUUUGAUAAAUGAAUGACUUCCAGGUAGCCAUUCCUCUCAGCAUGUCAAAAUAUUGUAAAUUGGGGUGCUUUGUAAGCCCAAUCACUUUGUUUGUAUCUACCUUUGCAUUUCUGGUUCGAAUAGUUUAAUGUCCAAUACAGCAGAUAUGUUAUUGCAGUAAUGUGUGUGCUUGUGACAAGUCAUUCAUUGCUGUACAGAUGCCAGAAUGGAAAGCACACUGUGUUAUUCCCUCUCUAAGCUGUAUGUUUAAUUGCUAUACCACUGUAAACCACUGCUAAUAAAUGAUGUUAGCUAAAGGAAAUGAU